CUCAAUGGGAAAGAGCCACGUGCCUCUGCGCCCACCAGCUCAAGUGCAUUUGUUCUCACUGCUGAUUGUUGUAAAGGAUUUUGCCUCCAUAGACAGAAAAGCGAAGGGGAUAACUUUUUGGAAUUCGGCCUAGGGGGUCCUCUUUGACGUUUUGCUCACGCCAGGCUUGCACUCUCUCUCUCUCUCUCUCUCUCACUCUUUCCCUGCGGAAGGUUGACACUUAAGAGGGUUUAUUUAUCCUGAAGAACUCAGUGCGUAGAGCCUCGCCGCCGCCGCAGUUUCACUCAGGAUGCACAGCUUCAUGGGAGGGGGUCUGUUCUGCGCCAUAGUGGGGAACAUCCUGCUGGUGGUCUCGACUGCGACUGACUACUGGAUGCAGUACCGCCUGUCGGGCAGCUUCGCCCACCAGGGCCUGUGGAGGUACUGCAUGUCGGGCAAGUGCUAUAUGCAGACGGACAGCAUCGCCUACUGGAAUGCUACCCGUGCCUUCAUGAUCCUGUCGGCCAUGUCGUGCUUCGCGGGCAUCAUCGCAGGCAUUCUCUCCUUCGCCCAUUUCUCCGCCUUCGAGAGGUUCAACCGCUCCUUCGCUGCAGGGAUCAUGUUCUUUGUCUCCACUCUCUUUGUUCUGCUUGCAAUGGCCAUCUACACUGGGGUGACGGUGAACUUCCUGGGGAAGCGCUUCGGUGACUGGCGCUUCUCCUGGUCCUACAUACUGGGCUGGGUGGCACUGCUAAUGACCUUCUUUGCAGGUAUAUUUUACAUGUGUGCCUACAGAAUGCAUGAAUGCAGGAGAGUGACGGGCCCACGCUAAAAGAGAGAGGAAAGCCAGUGAAAAGAUGGCAAAACAGGGACAUUUUGGCCCCUGCAAUUCCAACAUGAUGAAAUAAUCAAGCUUACACCAAUAGAAAUAUCACUGAAAUAUAGAAAAUGUACUAGAAAAUUGAGAACCAAAGAUUAAUACAAAAUGUUUUGAUUCUGCCUGAGCAGUUUACGUGUCAUUUUAAUAAAGCUGUAACUCUCUUAAACAGUAAAACAUUUACACUCUUUCUUACAUUCAACCUUGAAACUCUUGAGUACAGGAAGGUCUUUGCAACACAAAUAUGUUAGCAGAUUCAUGCCAAUACAAAUGGAGGUUGAAAAGAUGUAGCAUUAUGUGUCAAUUCAAAUGGGUAUACAGAACAUACUCUAACCAAACAAAUGAAUCAUUUAAAAGGAAUAACAACCAAGCUUUCACAUAGUGUGCAAUUCAAAAUGGGUAACAGAAGCUACUGUGAUGAAACAAAUUAAUCAUGUAUGAAGUGCUCACUGUUGUAAAUGGAAUAUAAACAUUUUAACAUUUAAAGAUGAAUGGCUAAAAAGGUACAGUUCACAGAAAUGUGUAAAACACAAUCUACAUAUUAUCUUGAAAUAUACUGUAUGUAGCUGGGUCGUUCCAUGAAUAGGGUGUAUUUUGUAAUUUCAAUAAAACACUAAUUUAACAUUAGGAUCACAUACAUAUAUGCUCUAACUAAACUAAGCAUUUUUUUUAUUUUUUUUUAAACAAAUUCUAAUAGCAGUGUGUUUUCAUUAAAAUCCCCAUCUUG